AUAAUAUAUAUUAUAUAUGAUAUAACUGCCAUAUACACCUAUAUGAUAUUCUUUUCUUAGGCUUUUAAAUUUUGGCAGAAACAAUAACCCUCCACCAUCGCUUGAAUCAUGUCAUCAUAUACAAAGAGAAUCAUUCAGUUGAUAAACGCCUCCACUUCUCCUUCUCACAUUCGUCAGAUCCAAGCUCAGUUCAUUCUCAGAAACCUCCUCAAAAACCACUUCAUAGCUCACCAUUUCAUCAAUGCCUGCAACUCUUUAGGCCUUUUAAACGAUGCCCACGCCUUCCUCCUUCUUUCUAAACCUCCCCCUCAUGUCUUCCUUUACAACACCCUCUUUAGAGCCUUCUCCCACUCCAAAACCCCACACCUUCCUUUUUCUUUAUAUGCCCACAUGCAAUGCGCCUCGGUUUUGCCUAAUAACUACACCUUCCCUUUCCUUCUCAAGUCCCUAGCCGAUUUCCAGCUGCUCCAGAAAGGACAAAUCGUUCACGCCCAUGUUUUAAAAUUGGGUCAUUCCCAUGAUAUUUAUAUACAGAAUUCCCUGAUGAAUAUCUAUGCUUCGUCUGGUGAAAUGGGGUUAUGUCGCCAAGUGUUCGAUGAAAUGCGUGAUAGAGAUGUCGUUUCGUGGACUAUUUUGAUCACGGGGUUUAGAAAUGUUGAAAAAUUUGAUGAUGCUUUGAUUGCUUUUGAGCAAAUGCAGUAUGCAGGUGUGGUGCCUAAUAGGGUGACUAUGGUGAAUGCCUUGGCUGCCUGUGGUGGUUUUGGUGCUUUUGAGAUGGGGGUUUGGAUUCAUGAUUAUAUAAUGAAAAACAGAUGGGAAUUGGAUUUGAUCCUUGGGACUGCUUUGAUUGAUAUGUAUGGAAAAUGUGGGAGGAUUGAAGAAGGGUUGAAAGUUUUCCAUAGCAUGGAAAAGAAGAACAAUUUUACGUGGAAUGCUGUUAUCAACGGACUAGCUUUAGCCAAAAAUGGUGAGCAGGCCAUUUGGUGGUUUAAUAGGAUGGAACAAGAAGGGUUUAAGGUUGAUCAUGUAACUUUAGUUGGGGUGCUUUCAGCUUGUAGUCGUUCGGGUUUGAUCGAUAUGGGUCGACAAAUAUUUAUUUCUUUAGUCGAAGGGAGAUACAGAUUCUUGCCCGAGGUUAAACAUUACGCAUGUAUGAUUGAUCUCUUGGCACGGGCAGGAUGUCUUGACGAAGCUUUUCGAGUUGUGCAGGAAAUGCCUUUCGAACCUUCAAAGUCCAUUUGGGGAUCAUUGCUGGCUGGUUGUAGAGCUCAUGGAAAUUUGGAAUUGAGUGAGAUAGCUGCAAAGAAACUUAUGGAGUUGGAGCCAAGUAACAGUGCUUACUAUGUUGUGUUGUCCAAUUUGUAUGCCGAUAUGGGGAGAUGGGAUGAUGCUGAGAAAGUGAGAACAUUGAUGAAAGAGAAGGGGUUGAAGAAAGACCUUGGUUUUAGCUCUGUGGAAUGGGAAUCCCAGGGACAAGUUUAUGAAGUAUUAGCAUAGUGAAUUCCCUUUAAACUUGUAUGUCAAGAAUGAUCUUACUCAUUUCCUUCGAUCUUCGUUGAAACGGAAAGGUCUGCUCCGCUUGGAUCGAGUUCUAAAUCUUGGAUAUGAGGAAACUUUGCUCCUCUGGUUGAGCUGUUUUGGAGGAAAGCACUCAAGCAAUUUGCAGUGUAUAUCAUGAAAUCAUGAAAGUUUAUUCGAUGGUCUGCUGACUAUUAGCAACAUUAUUUCAAGGUAUAGGAUUCUCUAUAUUUUAUGAGCAUGUAACAUGAUACUCAGACCUCACUGCAGUGACUCAGAAUGAUUGACCAUUUAUAAAGUUUGAAAGGUACAGAGCUUUUGAUUAACUAUGAUCAGUCCGAUUUCUAUUUGUCAUUUGUUUCAAGGUUCAUUUGUUAAAUGAACUGAACACGAACAAAGUUUGUUAAGCUCUUUUAUAUUUAUUUCAUUUUAAAACUUGUUUAAUAAAUCAUCUAAAAUUCAUUUAAAA